AUGAGAACCAUGCAUGUUAUCCUGCAGCUUGUAUCCCUAAUAUGCAGUAUAGAGAUAGCUACCUCACUUUUGGGGAAGAGCAGACGUGGAACAGGAGAUCUGAAUGCUCCAUCUCCAAUAGAUUGUAAGCUGAGCAGCUGGAGCAGCUGGGGACCCUGCGACCCAUGCACCAAUCAAAGGUUUCGCUCUAGAUCUAUUGAAAGAUUUGGACAGUAUGGUGGAAAACCAUGCCUUGAGGCCCUAGGGGAUUCACAAAGCUGUAAACCCAGUGAAGCCUGUCCUGAAGAACCAGAGCCAGACUGUGGAACUAACUUUCAAUGUGGUUCUGGUCGGUGUAUAAAGCGACAACUUGUGUGCAAUGUAGAUAAUGACUGUGGAGACUAUUCUGAUGAAGCUGACUGUGAAUCUGUCCCACGAUCACCAUGCCGCAACUAUGAAAUUGAUGUGUCUGAAAUUGGUCGGACUGCAGGGCAAGGACUCAAUGCAUUAGGGUUGCAGCCAAUGGCCAGCCCAUUUGACAAUGAAUUUUUCAAUGGUCUUUGUGAAAGGGUGCGUGAUGGAAACACACGGGUAUACUACCGCAAGCCAUGGAAUGUUGUUGCUCUCAGUUAUGAUACAAAAGCAGACAAAACCUUCUCAUCUGCGUACUAUCAUGAUCGUGCACAAAUGAUACGAGAGGUUUACAAGACAAAAGAGACACAAUUUAGUGCUGGACUAUCUAUCAAAUACACACCUACUGAGGGAAAGAAGAAACUUCAAGCAGAAGGAAAUGCCAAGUUUAACUAUCACAAGAAUGCAUCCUUCUAUUCAUACCUGGAGAGCUACUUUGAAAGGGUGAGUUUAAUUCAUUUAAAGGGUUUUAUGUAA